UUUUUCCUUCGUCUCCUGAGAGCUCGCCAGCCGCACCCGUUGCACGACCGACAACAACCCCCAGCUACACGUCAAGAUGGACUCUGCUGAACAGAUUGUUCUCCGCGGCACCCUUGAGGGCCACGCCGGUUGGGUUACCCAGAUCGCCACCUCCAGCGAGGCUCCCAACAUCAUCCUCUCCGCUUCCCGCGACAAGACUGUUCUUGUGUGGCAGCUUGAGGAUGGCGAGGAGUGCGGCUUUGCCCUGCGCGCCCUCCGCGGCCACUCCCACACCGUGUCCGACGUCGUCAUCUCCUCCGAUGGCCAGUUUGCCCUGUCUGGCUCCUGGGAUCACACCAUGCGCCUGUGGGAGAUUGCCACCGGCAAGUGCAAGCGCCGCUUCAUUGGCCACGAGAAGGACGUCCUCUCCGUCGCCUUCUCCCCAGACAACCGCCAGGUCGUCUCCGCCUCCCGCGACAAGACCAUCCGCCUGUGGAACGUCCUCGCCGAGUGCAAGUACGUCAUCCGCGAGAACAACCACUCCGAGUGGAUCUCCUGCGUGCGCUUCUCCCCCGACACCAGCAACCCCAUCAUCGUCUCCUGCGGUUGGGACAACAAGGUCAAGGUGUGGAACCUCACCGACUGCCGCCUCAAGUGCAACAACAUCGGCCACACCGGCUACCUCAACACCGUCACCGUCUCCCCCGAUGGCUCCCUCUGCGCCUCCGGUGGCAAGGACGGCCAGGCCAUGCUCUGGGACCUCACCGACAGCCGCCACCUCUCCACCCUCGACGCCAAGGACAUGAUCAACGCCCUCGUCUUCAGCCCCAACCGCUACUGGCUCUGCGCCGCCGCCGGCCCCGCCGUCAAGAUCUGGGACCUCGAGACCAAGGAGCUUGUGCACGAGCUCGUCGACGAGUCUGAGGAGUCCGCCAAGGCACCCACCUGCCUGUCCCUCGCCUGGUCCCCCGAUGGCCAGACCCUGUUUGCUGGCUACAGCGACAACAACAUCCGCGUCUGGCACGUGCGUGCUUAAGGCGACAGCAGCAUCAACACAAAACCAGCAGCCUUCCUUCCGCAGCUUCUUCAGCUUUGUGUCAUCACGUGUCCCUUUUCUCUCAUUGGGGGGAGUAGGCGUGGUGGUGUUUUGUUGUGCGUGGUUGGUUUGGUUGGGUGCUGGUGAUGGCGGUGUGAGUGUUUUUGCGCAGCAGUUCACUUCAGCAUCAUCCUCGCAUCUCUAGCUCCAAUGCAUUCCUCCCCUUGUCCACUGACUGCUGUUCCGUUUUGUGCGUGUGUGCACGUCGUGUGGUUGCUGUCAUGAUUGUGUUUUCUUCCCUUUCGUGACGUGGCCCAUCUGAGUACACACGCACACACUAUCGCAUCUUCGUUUUGGUAGCAUCCGUGCCUUUGGCUUCCCAUUUGUUUCGUCUCCUCGCGACUGCCCGCGCACACAGGAACGUUUGUGUUCUCUGUGUGGUUUUUACCGUGGGAGGAAGGCCCCACAACUGUGAGGAGAAGUGCCCACCCACCCCUUUCUUUUUCCACUCCUUCCCAAUCAUGAUUUGAAAAAAACUUUCUCUCCUUUGGGUGCUGGCCUGAACGUGGGUUUGCUUCAUUGGCAUUGGUGUGCUGCCUUGCGAUGUGCGGUAUGUGCUGGUGCAUGUGUGUUUUGUGGUCGUGCGUUUGCUUGGUGGUUCUGACGCGGCUUGCUGUGAUGGUGGUGGUUGUGCAUCUGUUGUGUUGUGUGGCACUCUCUCCACAUGCCCGAUCAAUACACAUUCUCAUGAACAA